UGCAAGUGCAAAUCUCCCGCCAAAUCUUCGGGCUCGUUGAUGAAACGCCCCCUCUGCUCUUCACUCUCCACAGAGCAACCAAUCUUGAAAAACCACCCUCUCUCCAAGCUCUCCGUCAAUGGCGUCCCUACUCCUCAUCCUCCUCGUCGCCGCCACCGUCAUCCUCGUCCCUCCGCUCUCCCUCUCCUCCGCCCCUCAUUCCGACUCCCUCCAUCGAGCCGCCCAGACCCUCUCCGGCGCCCGCUUCACGUCGAUGGCUCUGACCCUCGAGCUCGUUUCCCAGACGCCGGUCGUCCCGCGCUCUCAGUCCCUGACCAUCUUCGCUCCCCGCGACUCCGCAUUCUCCCGGUCUGGCCAGCCCUCGCUCUCUGUCCUCCAGUUCCACUUUGCUCCGCUCUUUCUUUCCCAUCGCUUCCUCGCUUCGCUUCCCUACGGCACUGCCGUCCCGACCGCGCUGGGAAACCGCUCCCUCGCCGUCACUUCGCUGCCGGGCGACCCAUUCGUUUCCCUCAACAGCGUCAUGAUCGACCGCUCGCCUCUGUUUGCUGACAAGUCCGUGACGGUUUUCGGAGUUGAGAGGUUCUUUGACCCGGGUUUCGAGCUCCCUUCACCCGUUCAGGGCCCCACGCUGGAUCUGAGCUGCGUCUCCUCGCUGAAGAGGGGGAAUCGUGCAGGCUUUCCAGGCGACAGUUCGUUCCACGAGGCUUCAAGAAAGAUGAGAUCUUCAGGGUAUUCUGUGAUGGGUUCGAUUCUCGGAAUGCAGCUUCUGGGGUUUGAGUAUCGGACUGCUACGCUGACUCUGUUCGCUCCAGUUGACAAGGCGAUUACGAAUAACAAAGGCAAUUUCAGCGAGUACGCUUCGAUCUUUCUUCAACACGUGGUUCGGUGUAAGCUUCUGUGGAGUGAUCUGGCUGGGUUUAGUAAUGGGCCUGCACUGCCUACGUACAAGAAAGGGUAUGGAGUUCAUGUCACGAAGUCUGGCGACACCUUCAUGGUUAAUAAGGUCGCCAUUGUACACCCGGAAUUGUACGUGAAUGAGUGGAUCGUUGUCCAUGGGGUUCGCGGGAUGAUCGGAGCGAAGAGCAGGGCGGACAAGGCAACGCACAAGGGGUCUGAAAAGAGUGGCCACUCAGAGGAGAAGAGAUGGGUGAGGAGGCAGUUUCGAGUCUGGAUCGCGAUCUUCGUACUGGUCUCUACUCAAUUCUGUUGUUGAGUUCUGGUCAAUCUGUUGCAUUGUUAGGUGGACGUGUAUGUGGUUUUGGAGAGAUUUGACGAUGUAAAACAGGUUGCAGGGUCAUAGAGAUGCUGAUCUUUAGUGGGGUUUUUAAUUCAGUGCCCAUGAUCCCUCCGUUCUCUUUGUUCCCCAGAGAAAAUUCUUAAUUGAUGAACACACCGUAUGCCUUU